AUGUCUUAUAGGGGUAAUUGGGCUAUUUCAAAAUUUCGCCCAGCAUCGUGGCUGGAAAAAUGUGGAUAUGCCCCACAGAUAUUUGUAUUUAGAAAUUUAGAAAGUGGUCAAGUUAUAUAUUCCCAGUUCCCAAAUUUCAGCCAAAGACAAAUUGAAAGACUGUUUCAGCGGCCUAAUUGGGAGAACAAGAUGCCCUCUGCAAGAAGAGACAUCUGGAGAUGCAUGUGUGUGGUCGAUAUGCCAAAUUAUGAGUCCAGCGUUCAAUUAUACCAAAAUCUACGCAGAUUGAGAUACCUUCGCGAUGUAAGCAAUGCCAAGGAGGCUAACCUAUUGAGAAAGAAAAACGAAGACGGUAACGUAUGGUAUAGCAUGCAAUAUCGUCCCACAUACACACAGGAAGCCGUGGCAGAUCUGAGAGAAUGUUUAUUGAAAUCCGGACAGGGAGCUAAUGGAAUAAAAGUGCAUUGGGAGGAUCCAUGGAGGAUGGGAGAUAAAGCAAAGUGGUGGACGCCCUUUUUACCAAAUGUAAAGCAUGUCACAAUGAAUCGUUUGGGCAAUACCGCACGAGAGGAAAGUGCACUGCUGAGAGAGUUAGGAGACAAAGCUAAGGAAGAAUUUGCAAAACAUAAAGAGCAAAAGACUCUUGCUGCGUCGAUCUCUUUGUAA